AUGUCGGUCAUAUGGCUGUUCAUAUUUGCUGAGGAGAUGCUCGGGCGAUGGGCGUGGACGCCAUAUGUUUCCCACCUCCUCCUCGGCCAGAUGGCUGUCAAAGUUGCCGCGAGCACCCCGCCGCGCAAGUGCCAGAGCGCCACCGGCGCCGGCGACCCCGAGGACCGGUGCCUGUUGAAAGGAUCCGCGAAGAGGUCGACGAGGGUGUGGGGACUAGCCACCGUCAGCGUCAGCCUCCAGAGCCAAUGCUUCAGCUCGUUCGUGCUGCUGGUGUUCGUGAUGUUCGUCGUCACCAUCGUCUCGUUCACGACAAGGAGCGGCGCCGCCGCCAAGAUGCCGACCUUGCAUCCGCCUCUUACCACGGACUUCACGGUCAUGACGUCCACGAGCAACAGCGGCGCCACCAAGCAGGUGACUGCGCCUCCGCCUCCGACCGCUUCCGCUGUGGACGGUGGUGGCAGGGGCGUGGAAGAGUGCGACAUGUCCUCCGGCCAGUGGGUGUACGACGAGGAGGGGUACCCUCUGUACGAGGAGAGUGCGUGCAGGUUCAUGUCGGAGAACUUGGCGUGUGGGAAGUAUGGCAGGACGGACCUCCGGUACCAACAUUGGCGGUGGCAACCUAACGGCUGCGACCUUCCAAGGUUCGACGCGGCGAGGCUGCUAGAGAAUCUGCGGGGCAAGCGUCUGGCGUUCGUGGGGGACUCUCUGAACCGGAACCAGUGGGUGUCCAUGGUGUGCCUCAUCGACACCGCCACCCCUGGCCUCCACAAGACACUCAACUCCAGCGGAGCCCUCUUCUCCUUCAACAUCCAUGAGUACAAUGCGUCGGUGGAAUUCUACUGGUCGCCGCUGCUGGUGGAGUCCAACUCCGACAACCCGGUGCACCACCGCGUCGCCGACCGCACCGUGCGCGCCAACUCCAUCGUUGAACACGCCCGCCGCUGGACAGACGCCGACGUGCUCGUCUUCAACUCUUACCUCUGGUGGCGCCACCCCUCCAUCAAAGUCCUUUGGGGUUCGUUCGAGACGGCAACGGCGGCAGAGCACGAGUACAGUGUGUCCAAGGCGGUCGACGGCCUGCGUGCGUUCGAGCUGUCGCUGGCGACAUGGGCCGAGUGGCUUGAGUUCCACGUCGACCGCGCCCGCACCAGUGUCUUCUUCAUGUCCAUGUCGCCCACCCACCUUCCCUCAGACGGCGACAACAACCACGGGUGCUACAACGAGACGGAGCCGAUCGCCGCGGCGGACGAGGGCGGCGGCGAUCACGGCCUGAACCCGGCGUUCGGGCGUGCGGUGGAGGAGCAAGUCAAGCGGCUGGGCGCGCGCGGCGUGGCGGUGCGGGUGGUGAACGUGACGGGGAUGUCGGAGCGGCGGAGGGACGCGCACCCGUCCGUGCACCGGCGGCAGUGGGAUCCGCUCACGGAGGCGCAACGGCGGGACCCGAGCAGCUACGCCGACUGCAUCCACUGGUGCCUCCCCGGCGUGCCGGACGUCUGGAACCAGCUCCUCUACGCGCACAUCGUCUCGUGA